AUGAAUGCACAAAGAAACCCUCCUGGACCUACAAGAGAUGAGCUUCGAGGUACUGGUCCCUUUGAGGAUAUUCCUCGACAGGCAGUAAUGCAAGAUUUAGCCUUAACACAAGUAAAAAUGAUUUUUUUAAAGGCUUGGAAUCACAUAGAGGCAUCUGCUAGUGCUUCUCCUUCAUAUGUUAAAACAACACAAGGAUCUUAUGAACCCUAUACGGAUUUUUUGUCUCGCCUAAAAGAUGCUGUUACUCGAGGGCUUGGUGAGGGCCACACCCCUAAUGUAGUUCUUCAGUCUUUAGCUUUUGAAAAUGUGAAUGCUGAAUGUCAAAAAAUUCUUCGUCCAUUGAAAAGCAAAGGAGCUACAAUUGAUGGAUAUAUUAGAGCUUGUUCUGGUGUAGAAACUCUUGCCUAUAAUGCACAGCUUUUUGCAGGAGCAAUACGACAAGUUAAAAGAACAGUGGGAAUGAUUAUUGGACGUGGGAGUCUUACUAGUCAAUAUUUCCAAGUUCAUAUUGGAAUUAUAGAUCCAGAUUUUACUGAUGAAAUUAUUGUUCUUGCUUCUGAGUAUACUUUUUUACCUACAUCUAUCAUAUCUUCUGUUCCCCUUGAAGGUCCUAAUGUUUUUACAGAUGCUUCCAAUGUAGCAGCAGAAAUUUUUUUUUUAAAAAAAAACCACAUCCGCGCCUACGAUCCCAAAGGAGGCCUGGACAAUGCCAGGCGCCUGACUGGAUUCCACGAAACCUCCAACAUCAACGACUGUAAAGCCAACCGUGGCGCCAGCAUCCGCAUUCCUCGGACUGUUGGCCAGGAGAAGAAGGAUUACUUUGAAGACUGCUGCCCCUCUGCCAACUGUGAUCCCUACUCGGUGACAGAAGCCCUCAUCCGCACGUGUCUUCUCCACGAAACUGGCGACGAGCCCUUCCAGUAUAAAAACUAA